AAUUGCUCUGAAACUUUCAGCAUGGAUUUCACUCGAAAACUGAGUUUUCUUGUUUUUAUGCUGUGUGUUUUGAUUUCCCUCAAGAAUCAGAAUGCUGAAACCAAUAAGAAGAGUUUGUUUCAGAGUGCGGGUAAAUCUGUUUCGGAUUCAUCUCUUGUUCGUAUCGAUACAUUUGCGACGAGGAAGAUUCAAGAGCACAGAGUUGUUAUUGAGACACUCAAGUAUGAUUACUACAAUGAAUCUUGCCCGUUGGCGGAGCAAAUAAUCCGAUCAUCUGUUCAAGAAUUGCAGGAGUUGCGGCAUAAUGUUGCCCCUGCUCUUUUGAGGCUUGUUUUCCACGACUGCUUUGUGGAGGGGUGUGAUGCCUCAAUUUUAUUGGAUCCGGCUGAUGAUAUUGAGAGUGAGAAAGAUUCCCCACCAAAUGAAUCACUAAAAGGUUUCGACCUGAUUGACAUUAUCAAGUCAGACAUUGAAGCAGCAUGUCCUGGAAUUGUUUCAUGUGCUGAUAUUGUUGCAUUGGCAGCAAGAGAGAGUGUCUUACUGGCUGGUGGCCCAUUUUAUCCUGUGCUCACUGGAAGGAAAGAUAGCACAAUGUCUUUCUUAGAUAUAGCAACUUCCGAGCUCCCAAGUCCCCAGGAUGAUCUGUCUAAAACAAUUGAAGCAUUUGGUUCGAGAGGGUUUAAUGAACGAGAGAUAGUCAGUCUUUUAGGCGCACACAGCACAGGAACAAUUCACUGCAAAUUCUUCUCGGAUCGCCUCUAUAACUUCAGUGGAACCAAUCGACCUGACCCUUCCAUCGAUACCAAUUUUCUCAACAUUUUGAGAUCAAUAUGCAACAACAACCAGUCUAUAUCAUCGUCUAAACUAUCAUCAACAUCAUCAUCUUCAACAGCAUCACCACACAACGAAUCAUCGGCUUUAAAUGAUGGUCCAGGAAUGCAGAUGGAUUAUGAGGGACCUGGGACAGGCUUUGGCACACUGUACUACCGUAGUCUUCUACGAGGAAAAGGAUUACUCUUUGUUGAUCAGCAACUAACAGUUGGGGAAGAAACGGCAACUUGGGUCCGGGCGUAUGCCGCUGACACUUCCCUAUUCCAAGGGGACUUUGGCCAUGCAAUGAUCAAGCUCUCCAACUUUCGAGUUCUCACAGCUCCAAUGGGUCAGGUUCGAUUAAAUUGCCGAAAAGUGAACUGAAAAAAGUUGCCUGGAAGCUUAUCUUGUAUAGCUUUUCUGCACUCUAAAGUUUCGUUAUCUGUUUGUAUAGAUUUUAAGUAACUGACAAAUUUUUUUCAGCAAAUAAAUCAGCAAGAAUUUGCUCGAUUUUUGCUUAGAUAAAGCACUUCUAUUAUGAAUUACUCUAUUGCAUAGUGAACUUAUGAACUAACACAAAAAUGAUAGCUAUGGACUCAUC